AUGUCAACCUCGAGGCCAAACCCUAAUAGACUCUACCAUGUAGUAGAGCUCAACUUCAAAGGUGUUUUUCUUCAAAAUCUUUUCUCGUAUAACCAUGGUAAGCCCUUAUUAUCUGGGAUAAUUGCUAUUCGUAACGAUGGAGAAUAUGCUACUUUCGUUUUUUAUGCUUAUGGAGUCGAUGGUUUAGUUUCCCUAUAUGUGGACCAUGAUGGUAAAGGAAUAGAGGAUUGGUUUGCCUCUCAGAUAGAAGAAGAAGAAGGUGAUGAUUCAUAUAUUGAUGGUGGUGAAAAUGAAGACGAAAUUGAUAACCUUAGAGAUGUGGAGUCAAACAUGGUGGUGAUACAAUCAAUGAUGAUGGUGAAGGAGGUCGUAAUGAUGGACAAGACCAUGAUGAGGUGGAACUCACACUUAUGGAUUUUGAUGCAUCAGGAAAUUGAGAACAUGGUCAACAAGGAAAUGGACAAGACAAUGUGA